AUGACAAUUGUGUUUCCUUCAAAACAAGCAGUAACUUUUCAAUUCGCUCACUCGUCGUCAACGAAACUGAUGACUUAUCAACAUUCGUUCUCGUCGUGGCUGAUCUGCAUUGUAGUCGUAUCAAGCUGCACUUUACUCAACUAUGUCGACACUUCCUCAACAGAUUUACUGCCUGGCAUCGAAAAUGCCAACAAGACUGCAGCUCCGACUGGCUCUACUCAGGCCUAUCAGCAGUUAGUGGAUCAAGAACAUUUGGGAGAAAAUCAUGAGUCUGGGCAUCGUGAAGAGAUUUUAUCCGCAUCUCUACAUCAGAUUUGCGUCUGA